AUGUGGCCCUUUGACGCCGUCGACUGGCUUAUGCUCACUGUGCCCUUUGCCUACAUUGGUAUACUGGCUGGCUCUUUCGGUGUCUUCACAAACCUAUAUCGCAAACGCAAGGCUGCCAACGCUGCGUCUCUCGAACCCUGGUUCCCCACCCACCUCCAGCGCAAUGUCUACCUCUCCCUUCUGCACAUGGAAGACCCCAAAGUGCCAGACAGCAUCCUAAAGGCCGCCCUGCUGCGCCGGGCAACGGAAGAUAUCCACCGAAUUGUCCAGAUUAGGAAUGCGAAGCAGGCGCUCCAGGUCCUGUUGCAGAGGGGUAGUGUGGGCGAUGAUUUGUGGCAGAGGUUCCAGCGCGCUGAGAAGGAAAUAGAAGAAGAGCUCAGAGACGUUGUCAACGAGGCCAAUGCAUUCGCACCAAACUGGGGCCAGACCAUCUUCCAAUCCGCUUCUGAAAUGGCCCAGAACAACCACAUCCGCGAGCGUCUGGCUGAAAUUGAGGCAAAAGCCCCCGCUGAGAAGGAGUGGUGGGAGAACCGCCGGGCUGGCAUCCAGUCAGAGUUCAUGAAGGAGUUGGAUGACGAGAAGGCGAAGAGCGAGGAGGAUGGUGUAAUGGUGGAGAAGAGCAAGAAUUGA